AUGAGGAAAGGGGGAUCCACUGAUAAUAGAUUAUUAAGGAGGACAUUCAGCAGGUCAUAUUAUUAUAAGAAUGGAGAACAGACAGAAGAGGCUAGUAACAGCAGUAGGAAAAUUAAUGGUAUUCCGGAAAGCAGCGCUAGUGGGAAUGGGAGCACAAGUGGAAAAAAUGUCACAACAAAUAGAAAGCAUAAUACCACAACAAGUAAGAAGAAUACUACGACAAGUAAGAAGGAUACCACGACAAGUAAGAAGGAUACCACGACAAGUAAGAAGGAUACCACGACAAGUAAAAAGAAUAGCACUACAAGUAAGAAGAAUAGCACUACAAGUAAAAAGAAUACCUCAACAAGUAAAAAGAAUACUAUGACAAGUGCAUCUGAAAGCGAUGCAGAGAAUAAGUUGAAACAUUUGGAUGGAAAAAUUAAGGAAGAGGUACAAGUAAAGGAAAGAGAAGAAGGAGAUCGAGAUGGUGAAGGCAUAGAAUUGUUUUAUGCUGAAGAAGAAGGAGGAGAAAAUAAAAAUAAUAAAACAUCCAAGAUGGAAAAAAACGCAAAAGAAAAAACAAAAGAAAAUUUUUCAUCUCAAGAAAAAGAAAUGACGAUAAAAAGCGAGGAUGCUUCUACUAAACCCAGUGUAGAGAAUAAUUGUAAUAAUACAAAUAGGAGCAGUGCCAACAACAACAACAAUAACAGUAACAAUAGCAACAACAAUAGCAAUAACAAUAACAACAACAAUAACAAUAACAAUGGGAGCAACGGAGUUGGCAUCGGUGGGAAUAAGCACAAAGAGGGAGAAAUUCAAGAUAAAAAUAACAUUCUUUGCCCACUAUGUGUAGAAGUAUUAGACGAAACGGAUAGAAAUUUCUUCCCUUGUGAUUGUGGGUAUCAGAUAUGUCUGUGGUGUUUAUAUUACAUACGAGAUCACAUGUGUAAUAAGUGUCCAGCAUGCAGGAGGAGUUAUGAUGAAAAGAAUUUUAUAUAUAACAGAGAAACUCAUGAAAAAUUGCUUAAAAAACAGAAAAAUCAGCAUAAGGGUGGGAAUAGUAAAACAGAUGGAAAUAACAACAACAGUAAUAAUAAUUGUACUAGUGGCACGAAUGGUGCUUGUUGUGGUGCAAUCUGUGCUAGCACUAAUAUUUCAUGUGGCGUUAAUUGUAUUAUGAAUAAUAUGACUAAUAACAAUAGACAAUAUAAUAACUUUCAUAAUGUUAAUAGUACUACUGCCAUUUUUAGAAGACCAGAAUUUUAUAAAAAUGCGAACAUAUAUAGUAUUCAUGAGUAUGAUAAUUUGUUUGAAAUUAUAAGGGGAAUUCGUGUUGUACAAAGAAAUUUGGUUUUUGUAAUUGGCAUUACAUCUGCAUAUGCAAAAAAAAACUUAUUAAAAAAAAAUGAAUAUUUUGGAAAAUAUGGACAAAUAUUAAAUAUAAUUGUUAAUAAAUCACAGGCUUAUAAUCCACAUUACAAUGGCCCGUCCUUUAGUGCAUACAUAACUUAUAGUAAUGAAAAAGAAGCUAUCAAUGCAAUUUAUUUUAUUGAUGGUAUGAUUCUGGAUAAUAAAACUUUGAAAGCUUCAUUUGGAACAACAAAAUAUUGUGCUGCCUUUUUAAAAAAUAUGCCAUGCACAAAUGAGGAUUGUUUUUAUUUACAUGCAUUAGGAAAUGCAGUCGACAGUUUUUCUAAAGAUGAUAUUCAUGGUCCCAAACAUAUUUAUCAUGACUUGUUAUAUUUCUAUUUUAAAAAACUUCCUGACAGAAAAAACGAUUCCAACAAUAAUAGUUAUGAUUGUUCAGGCAAUAUUGUAAUAAAAACUGCAAGGAAAUCUGAAGAUACAUCAGCAGCAGGAGUAAUGGGCGUAGCAACAUCAAUCACAUCGACACCAAUGGGGAUUGGAACACCUGGAGGUGGGGUUGUGAACAUCAGCACAACCACUCGCCCGAUAUCCACCACAAAUGAUAAAGAAAUAACUGAUAGUAAGAAAAAAAACGAUAUUAGGGAAGAACCCACCAAUUGUAAGAAACAAAACUCUUUGUUUUCAUCAAUUCAAAGAGAUACAAAGUCAAACGAGUGGAAAAUUAAAAAUCUGGAGACAGCCAAAGAAAUUAUGAACAAAGGUUCAGACGAAUUGAGAACAGAUGCAAAAAGUGUGAAGGAUGUGAAAGAGGGUAUUACUAAUAAAACAUCAAAGGAUAGUCUUCCUGGAGAGGAAAAAAAUAAAUGGACAUUGGAAUCAAAAUUUGUGAAUCUAAUAAAGAAUAAUGCAAGAGCUGCAUCCACUUCUCUGGAAGAUCUGGAAGAAGAAGGAGAAGAAGAAGAAGAAGAAGAAGAAGAAGGAGAAGCACAAGAAGAAGAAGGAGGAGAAGAAGAAGAAGAAGAUGAAGAAGAAAAAACAAAUACCAAUACCAAAAGUAAGAAAAAGAAAAAAAAACAAAAAUGUGAAGAAUCAUUCCUGUCGAAUUAUCAAGGAAAGGUGGAGGAGGAAGAAGAUCAUACAAAUAUAAUUUCUACACAGAAAGCGAAAAAUUAUCGUAAUUCUGUCCAAAAUAGUAGCAUAUCGAAGAAUGAAAAUAUAAACAAUUCCUCUAAGGAUAACGAUAAGGACAAGGAAAGAUACAUGAACAAAAAUAUUUCCAAGAAUAAUUCCAACGAGCUAGAGGAAAAUUCUUACGAUGUAGAUGCCAUGUCUGAGAAUUAUCCGCUCAUAACCGACGUACGAUUUGACAAAGACAAGAAAAAAAAAAUGAAAAAAAAAGCAGAAAAGAAAAAAGCCAAUGAGAAGAAAAAGGCAGAAGAAGUUCAAGCAGACAACAAAAAGAAACCAAUAGAAGAAGUACAUACGAAAAAUGAAAAAUCCGUUGCACAGAUUUCUAAGAAGGAUUCUUCCAUACUCCAGGAAGAACACUUACGAGACAAGGAAGGCGAAAAGGAAACAAAGAAGCAAAAGAAAAAAAUAUCUAGUAGUAUUAGCAGUGGUGUAGAUAAUAAACAAAUCCAACCCGAGGACCAGGUAGAUAAACCAUCAGAUGGAUCUCCAAAACAGGAGGAGGGAAAAUCAUUUAACAAUCCAAAUGAGAAGAAACAAAUAGGUGAAGAGGAGGUAGUGGAGGUAAAAAACAAAUAUGCAAAAAUGAAAUUUAAAAUCGGAAGUUUUUUUAAUGAUUUGUUUGACACUGGUAGAAAAAGAGCACCCAGAGGAGGCGAAGGAGGAAAUGAUACAAGUAACGCUGAGAAGAAAGAAGAAAAAAAUAUUCCAACUGUCACAGCCACGCCGAAUGGUGCAGCCACAUCUAAUGCUACAGGAACAGCGAAAAAUGAGGAAUUGAAAAACAAAGGCGAAGAAAAAAAUAACACUGCAAAAUAUUCAGUGUCGAAAGAUGAUGACUCUGUAAACGAUUGGAAAAAAGGAGACGCAUAUGUAGAUGGGGACGAUGUCCCCUUGAAGCAAAAGAAAGUGCAAAGGUACGAGCCGAAACAGGAGCAGGGAAGAGAAAAGGAGGAAAUGAAACUGAAGGAACAAGAUAAAGGAAGAGAAGAAACGGGAAGAAGAAAAAAUGAACAGAACUCACUAAAAAGAGACAUGGAAAAGGAAGUAGGUGAAGUGCGAACACAGAAGGUUAGGGUCCACGACAGGUCCCAUUUUCCGGCUGACAAAGCAGAUGCAGUAAUUGGUGGAGAUUCAGUUCGAGUUGAUGCAACCGAGACACCUCGAGUUGGUUCAGAUGGAGGUACUGCUAAGCCAGUUGGACUAGAUGCAGUUAACGCGAACCCAUUUGAAUCAGAUGCUGUUAUCGCAAGCCCAGCUGAAUCAGAAGCGGUUAUGGCUAGCCCAAUUAAGGAAGUACAGGAUGAUAUGACAAAAUCUGCGAAGAUAAACACACAGGAAAAGGGAGAAGGAAAAAGCGGAUAUAGUGAGAAAGAAAACGAAGGAGAGAAACUGAAAAAACAUUGUCAGGAAAUUUUAAAGAAUCUAAAGAGAAAUCCAGAUAUGCCUCUAAGUGAAGGGAUUGAAAAAUAUAUCGCAAAUAAAAGAACUACCACCAAGGAAAUUUUGCAUUUUGACGAAUUGCACCAUAUAGUAAAUAAUUAUAUUAGCGAGAGGCCCAUUAAUAUGGAGAAAAAGAUGAUGAAAGGAGAAAAGAAUAUUAAUAAAGGAGGAGAUAACAACAGUUAUUCUUUGAAAGAGAAUAAAGAAAAGAAUAAAAAUAAUGGUGAAUCUGACAGAAGUAAUCAUAACAAUAAUGAUAUAAUAAAAGAUGCAGAGAUUGAGAAGAAGAAAAAGGAUACUUCAAAACCCAAUGAGGAAAUCCAGAAUUCAGAAAAAACACAAAGAGGACUAACAGAUGAGAAAAACCAAAUGGUAAGUGGCAAAGAGAAAAAGAAAAAAGAUAUUUUUAAUAUAAGGAAUAUGUACCAAAGGGAAAUGGAAGGGGAUAUUAUGAGUCUUAUAAGAGAAAUGAUGAUGCAUCGAAUGAAAUCCAAAAGUAAGAGAAACAAAAGUGGUUCCAUUUGUGAAACAAGUGGAAAGAUUGAAAUGGGACAUGUAGACCGGAUAAGCCAAAUGGAAGAUAUCAUAGAAAAAAAUGCUCUAUUUGAUGAUUUAGAAAUAUUCUUAAAGAAUUUAUGCGUUGCUAAAGGUAAGGCAAUUCAAAAUAAUCACAAUGAUAAGGAUGCAGUAUACUUAAUAGAAGGGGAUGAAAGAAGAACAAAUGAUUAUCUGAUGUAUACUAAUGACGAGCAUAUUUUUUUAAAAUCACAUAAAGGAAUUAUGGAAUUCAUUUUUAAAAAGGAUGAAAAAAGAAACAUGAAAGAAAUGAAUUAUCUUCAUGAAAAUACAUUUGAUAUAUAUAAAGAAUUAAUUUUAUCAAAAAAUUCAGAUUUACUAACGGCAAAUGAUAUCCUUUUUGAUAAAAUGUUUAAUGAAGAAAUAAACUUCGUUCAACAGUUAUGCAAAGAAAAUUACCUGAACGCGUCAGGUAAUAAAGCACCUUGCAGGAAUAGCAAAAUAGAAACUACUUUUUAUGAACAAACCAAUAAUUUAAACAAAAAAUGUAAAAAAAAAAACCAUACUACACUUCCAAAUCUAUGGGUAAAUUUUAAUCAUUCCUUUCACGCAAACGAAGUAAAUGAAAAGGUUAAUUUGAGCGCUUAA